AGCACCAGUUAAUGAUUUAAAUUUUGUUAAAUUUUUAAAACUAUAUGAAAAUGAACAUUCUAAUAUUUCAAAAGCCGCUAUAAAAAAAAUUAGUAAUCAUUUAUGGUACUUAACAAAAGAGACUGCAGCAUUAGCUUUCUUUGAUGACACAUUAUCAAACGAAAUCAAAAGAUUAAUGGUACAGUCACUUAACAACGAUAGAAUUAUCGAACCAACUAAGCGUCUUAUUGUUUCAUUUCAAGAUCUUGGCGAAACUUUUUCAG